AUGGUAGUCAAUGUUCUGUUCAUCGAUUCUUAUGACUCUUUUUCUUACAAUUUAGUGAACUUAAUUCGGGCUCAAAACGAUCAACUUCAUGUUACCAUCAUUCACAAUAACACAUUUGCUACUUUCGAAGAACUGCGACAGUUUUUGGUGUAUUUUGACUGUAUUGUGGUUGGACCUGGCCCUGGAAACCCAGAAAAUGGCUAUAAAGAUGUAGGAUUCCUAAACGAAAUGUUCAGCAGCGAUUUGCAAGUUCCAGUUUUGGGCAUCUGUCUAGGAUUCCAAGUGAUGUGCCGCGCGGUGGGAUGUGGCAUUGAGCAAUUGCUCGAGAUAAAACAUGGACAAGUAUAUUCAGUUCAUCUGGUGGGUUCAGAAGUGGCCCAAAAUAAAAAGAAGGAUUCGAAAGAUCUAAGUUUGUUCGCAGACUACCCUACAGACUUCAAUUCUGUACGCUACCAUUCACUACAUGUGUUAGCCGAAAGCGACUGUGAAAGUAUCGUGCCACUUUGUUAUACCUCCGAUGAAAAUGGAAAAGUGCUCAUGGGUGCCCAAAUUGCAGGAACUCCGUGGUAUGGUGUUCAGUACCACCCAGAAUCGUGCUGCUCAGAUCUGGGUGGUCUUCUCAUCUCUAAUUUCUUGAAAAUCGCACACCAAUACAAUGAGUCGCCCGCAAGAAUAGGCUCUCGCUAUUGUCUAGCGAAGGACAAUUCCCAGAAACAAACCGUUAUUGCAUUUCUGGAUAAAACCAUUGAUAAAAGCAGUGUUUACCGCAAAAAAACGCCCAAAGAGGCGCAACUGUCCAUAAAAGAAUGCAGCACCAAACCGAAUUCAAAAUUAGCAGUGAACAUUUGCGACGCUUUGGACGUACCUUUUUUCCUAAUGUCUUCAUCAACCAUACAGAACAAUAGAGGUGAAUACUCGAUAAUAGCAUUACCAAACGAAAAAUCGACUGUCUUCACGCACUACGAUCAGCUGCAAAAGACAUUGGUCUAUAAGUGGCGGGAUCCUGCGAUCGAUUUUAGUGCAAUAGCAGAAUCGCUCUCGGAUAGCGGCACAGUUCAACAAGGCCUUGAGUGCAUCAAAGAACAUAAAUCUCAGUUCUGGAAAACAAUAGGGAAUUUUAUGGAAGACCGUUUGGUCCUCAAUAGGCCUGACUUGCCGUUUGUUGGAGGCCUAGUGGGUGUUUUGGGUUACGAAAUGGGCAAUUUCACAACGAACAGAGAAAAAGGAAAGCCAGUGCCGGAUGCGAAGCUGGUCUUUAUACAAAACAGCAUUGUCGUUGAUUUGAAAAAAGGAACUGUUUCAUUUCUUUCACUCAGCAACGAUUUCCCCUCCCAUGUUGAAGAGACGGUUCGCAAAGUAGUUUCCGAUGCUAGCGUCGAUCUUCCGGUGUCGGAUUUGUCCAAGCUGCCCAGCGGAAUCAGCUACAACAUAAAGAUGGCAUCAAAGGAAAAAUACGCGGAUGCGUUCGAAAAAUCCCAGAAGUAUUUGCACCAAGGAGACUCUUAUGAAGUUUGUUUGACGACACAGACUGAGGUAAAACCGACAGAGCGUAUUGAUCCAUGGCGGAUCUUCAAGACACUGAUAAGAAGAAAUCCGGCUCCAUUCUCGAGUUUUUUUGAGUUCAGUGAUGUAGAAGCAGGGGUUUCUGAUCUGUGUUUACUUUCGACGUCUCCCGAACGGUUCUUAAAAUGGGACAAGAAUUCCUGCGAGCUACGACCUAUCAAGGGAACAGUCAAGAAAGAUGGAUCAACCACACUGGAGUCUGCGACUGAAAUACUCAAAACGCCAAAAGAGUUUGGAGAAAACCUUAUGAUUUUGGACCUAAUUCGUAACGACUUGUAUGAGCUGCUAGACACUGUGACCGUGGACGAGCUAAUGUCGGUGGAGGAAUACGAGACGCUGUAUCAAUUGGUGAGCGUGGUCAAGGGACAUGGCUUACUGGAGUCGGCAUAUUCGGGGAUAGAUUUGCUGCGACAUUCUUUGCCAGCUGGUUCCAUGACCGGAGCGCCCAAAAAAAACACGGUUGAAUUGCUGCAAAACGAGAUAGAGACUGGUCUCAAUGCCCAUCUCACCACGUCAGGCGCUCGUGGAGUUUACUCUGGAGUUACAGGAUACUGGAGUUGCAACGAUCGCGGAGAUUGGUCGGUGAAUAUUCGGUGCAUGUACUCGUACGACAACGCUGAGUCGUGGCGGUUGGGAGCCGGUGGAGCUAUUACUGUCCUGAGUACACUUGAAGGCGAAUGGGAGGAGAUGCAUACCAAACUUUCGAGUGCAUUGCAAAUCUUUCGGGAUGACUGA